AUGUCUGCAGAAGAGUUUAAGGCCGAAGGUAAUAAAUAUUUUGCUGCUAAGGAUUUUAGUAAAGCCGUUGAAAGCUUUACUAAGGCAAUCGAAGCCUCCGAGCAGCCGAAUCAUGUUUUAUAUUCCAAUCGUUCCGCAUGCUAUGCAUCUUUGAAAGAUUUUAAUAAGGCGUUGCAGGAUGCUGAGGAGUGUGUCAAGAUCAAUGGAUCGUGGAGUAAAGGGUACAAUAGAGUUGCUGCAGCAGAACAUGGUUUAGGACACUUAGAGGAAGCCAAGAAAGGUUAUGAAAGGGCCUUGGAAUUAGAUUCAAACAAUUCGAUGGCUAAGGAUGGGUUGAAAAGUGUCCAGCAUGCCAUUCAACAAAGGGAUACACAACCCGACAUGGGUUUGGGAUCAAUAUUCUCAGAUCCAAAUUUAAUUACUAAGUUGCAAAGUAACCCAAAAACAAGCGAACUAAUGAAAGAUCCUGAACUAGUUCAGAAAGUUCGGAAUAUACAAGCAAAUCCCAAAGCAAAUGUCACCCAGUUUUUAACGGAUCAAAGAUUAAUGACAAUAAUGGCUGCUUUAAUGGGGAUUGAUAUGGAUGAUCCAACCGGUGGCAUACCUAAGCCAAACACAUCUACUACGGAAAAGGCUCCGUCUGAAAAGGAAGCUUCAUCACUGAAAUCGAAAGAAUCAGCUUCGGAACCUAAGAAUAAGGCUGAAGAGCAAAAGGAUGUUGAAAUGGAAGAUGCUGAAUCGAAAGACGAGUCUGCUGUGGCAGCUGAGGCCGCAAAGGCUGAAGGUAAUGCUUUAUACAAACAAAGAAAGUUUGACGAAGCUAUUCAGAAGUAUGAUGAAGCUUGGAAUCUAAAGAAAGAUAUAACUUACUUGAACAACCGUGCUGCGGCGGAAUUUGAGAAAGGCGAUUAUGAUACGGCUAUAAAGACCUGUGAAGAUGCAAUUGAAGCAGGAAGAGAAAUGAGGGCUGAUUAUAAGAUUGUUUCAAAAUCUUUCGCAAGAGUUGGAAAUGCUUACCUAAAGAAGAAUGAUUUACAUAACGCUGCUAAAUAUUUUGACAAAUCUCUUACAGAGCAUAGAACUCCAGAAGUCUUGAAUAAAUUGAGGGCAACUCAAAAGGAAAUUAAGAAACAGGAAGCAUUGAAUUAUGUCGAUCCAGAAAAAGCAGAAAAAGCUAGGUUAGAAGGAAAAGACUUUUUCAAUAAGGGAGAUUGGCCGGGUGCUGUCCAGGCAUAUACUGAGAUGAUAAAGAGAUCUCCUGAUGAUGCAAGAGGAUACUCCAAUAGAGCAGCAGCUUUGGCAAAGUUGAUGUCAUUCCCAGAUGCUGUUCAAGACUGUAACAAGGCAAUCGAAAAAGACCCCUCAUUUAUUCGUGCUUAUAUCAGGAAGGCGAACGCUCAAUUGGCGAUGAAGGAAUACUCUCAAGUAAUGGAAACUUUGAGCGAGGCCCGUGAGAAAGAUAUGUCUGUUGGUGAAGGAAAGAACACUUCUGAGAUUGAUCUGUUAUAUAACAGAGCUAUGUCUCAACGUUUUCAAGCCAUUGAAGGUGAAACACCGGAACAAACCAUGGAGCGGGUUUCUAGAGACCCAGAAGUUGUCAAGAUUCUACAAGAUCCUGUAAUGCAGGGAAUAUUAAGCCAAGCUAGAGAUAAUCCAGCUGCUUUACAAGAGCACAUGAGAAACCCCGAGGUAGGCAAGAAGAUUAAUAUGUUAAUAGCUGCGGGUGUAAUUCGUACUAGAUAA